AUGGAAACCCCGAGUGUACGUGUGCUGGUAGUCGGGGACUCUGGCGUGGGGAAGACGGCGUUGUUGCGAGCCAUUUGCCGCUUGUAUUCGCCCACUCCGACCGGUAUUGACAAGCCUUCGGCUUUGUGGACUACUGGGUGUGACGUUCACGUGCUGCUUACGUCUCUGGGCCCCGCGGGUCGCGAAGUUUUCGUGGAAUUCCUGGAUGUUGGGGGUCAUCGCCAGUACGAACUCAGUCGAGGCGCUUUCUACCACGACGUACACGGCGUAAUUUUCGUACAUGACUUAAGUAACGCGAAGAGUGGAGAACAUCUACGUAACUGGAGCAGGGAGUUAAGUGACAUGCAGAGACUCAAAGGCUGCGUGGUGCCGUCGACAGGGAAGACCCACGACUUUCCUACGCUGCAUGAGUUGCCAAAACUCGUAAUUGGCAACAAGAAAGAUCUGUUGCCAAGAAAUUAUAGACCUAAAGUGACGGGGGCAAUGGGAUCUUUGGAGUUUAGAGCUGUUGCCUGCAUCGAAUCGAGUGCGGAACCGUUGUCAAUGGAGCCAAGUGGAGCAUUUGAUACAUUUUUGCAACAAACGUUGGCAUUUGCCAAUCGAGGAGAAGGGAGCUACAGCAACUACAAUAACAGUAUGGGCCUACGACAGACCAACAGAGCAGUAGACGCGGACGAUGGACGACCUGGAUCGGGGUUUAGUGCAGGACUCAGCAGUUUAGCAGCAGCGUUGCCUCCGUUAUCGACAGGAUCUGGCGGUGCACGCUCUCGAUGGUGGUAAAAUGAGAAAUGUUUCUUCACAAACUAGAGUAACAUUAGAUACGGCAUUGCAACUAUGAUACGACUUGGCCUUCGACCGCCAAAUGCCGUAAUUUCUGACAUCCCGUGACAAGACGUAGCUGAUCCUUUUCCCGCUCAAAAUUCGACGGAGCCGCGGCUGUUGAACGAUACAUUGUCCUCCCGCGUUGACCUGUUCCUGCCGUUGUUCUUGAAAUUGCGUUCGCCAGGACCAAAACUCUCGGCGUCUUCAAAUUGCCCGUGGGAAU